AUGGAUGGAAUUGUGGAUCAAAUUCAGAGAACAGCUUCUGGCCUAAACGUGAAAAGAAAAUUACUCUUGAAUCAGAUAGAUCUAUAUAAAGAUUUGCAAGCCAAAAUAGAUAUGAAAGCAGAAAAAACUAUGGUUUUGUUAGGCGAUGGGUAUUUCGUUGAAAUGUCACCAAAGGAUGCUAAAGAUUAUUUAAAGAGGAGAAUUACAAACGUUAAUGAUAUUGUGGAAGGAUUUAACACUAAGAUUAGAGAUGCAGAAAAUACCAUGGAUCAUAUUUCGAAAUUUAGAGAAAUUGAGACGAAAAAUGGCAAAAAAGAGAGCAAUAAUGAAGAGGGCCUUCCGUUCUUCGAUAUUCAAGAGGAAUUAGACGACGAAGAUAAUAUUUUGAGCGUAAAAAUCAAUAAUAAAAGCCAGACUUUUGAGAAAAGUAAAAGUAAUAAAGAAGAGCAAGUAGAUGAGGGACUCCCUAUGAUGGAUAUACAGGAAGAGAUAGAUGAAGAUGGGAACGUUAAGAGUGUGAAAAUCAACAAUAAGGUUCAGAAAAUUGACGAGAAGGUCGAAGAAAAGCAUUUAAAGCAGAAUGAACCAUUAAUUUUAAAAGAACAGAAUCAAAAUUCCGAUAAAACCGAAGAGAUUGAUAGCCAAGAUGGUAAUCAGCUAUCUGAGCUAUUGCAAGAUAUGGGUCUCGUUCCUCUGAAAAAAUCCAACGAAAUAAAUAUAGAUCAGGAUAAAUUACUAGAUAAGAUUGAUGAAUUGAAAAUUGACGCAAACGAUAAAUUCAAGCUCAAGCAAAUAUGCGUGGAAGGAUAUAAGAGUUUACAAGAUCAGAGCUUUGAAAAAACAGGUAACGAUGAUGACCAGGAUGCUGAAAAGACAGAUGAAGAAAUAAUAUCGAACUUGGUUGUGGAAAAUAAUUUACAACACUUAUUAAGUACAGAUGAUGCAGAUAAGUCCCGCAAAAAAGGUGUUGAAGGUAAUCAACUAGCACUUGAUGGAAAUGAAUUAUUGGAAUUAGAACUAAUUGCGGAUAAAUUUGAUGACAUUAAUAAUUCAAUGAUGCAUGCAGAUGAUGAGGAGUGGGACUUUGAAUUUGACGACGAAGGCGAAGAACAUGAUGAUGAUGAUGAUGAAGAAGAGGAUUUUUCAGACGACUUGUUGUAUGGCAAUAGUGGAGCCACAUUUAUCCCGCAGAAUGAAUUUUCUUCUGGAGCACAAAACUUCAACAAUCUAUUAUGGAAACAAGUUAUGGACUUGAGAAAUAAAAAAGCACAAGCACAAACAUCUAACUAUAAUCCCGCUAAUAGUAGGACAAAGAAAUCUGUCAGAUUUUCAGAGAAAUUGGAAAUUAAUGAAAUUGAGAACGUCAGUGAGGAAUUGAAGAAUAUUGAUCACUUUAGACAGAAUAUUUCAAGAUUUAAACAAGACAGGCUAAGUAAGUCCAAUGAUAAUGAAAUACAGGAUGUUAUAAUGCUGCUUGAGAAAUCAAAAAGCAAUAAUUUUGAAAGUCCCGUUAAUGAUAUAGUUGAAAGAGGCCCUGUCAGUGAUAUAGUUGAAAAAGACGAACCAGUUAGCGGCAUAGUUGGAACAGAUGAACCAGUUAAUGAUAUAGUUGAAAGAGGCCCAGUCAGUGAUAUAGUUGAAAGAAACGGACCAGUCAGUGACAUAGUUGAAAGAAACGGACCAGUCAGUGACAUAGUUGAAAGAAACGGACCAGUCAGUGAUAUAGUUGAACGAAACGGACCAGUCAGUGAUAUAGUUGAAAGAGGCCCAGUCAGUGAUAUAGUUGAACGAAACGGACCAGUCAGUGAUAUAGUUGAACGAAACGGACCAGUCAGUGACAUAGUUGAAAGAAACGAAACAGUUCGUGACAUAGUCGAAAGAGAACCAGUUAGCGAUAUUAUUGAAAGAGAACCAAUCAGUGACAUAAUUGUACGAAACGAACCAGUCAGCGAUAUCAUUGAAAGAGAUCCGAUCAGCGAUAUUGUAGAAGAGCCAAUUAGCAAAGUUCACCUCGAUGAGAUGAAUAAAAGUACAGAUGCACCAGACACAAAUAAGCCCAGAAUAUCCAAAUUCAAACAGAUGAAGGCGACAUCAGCACCGCAGCAAUCGCCGAAACCUCCAAUCAAGACCCAUAUCAAAUCGUUUGAGAUUACCGAUAUUGAACAAGGAAGGACAAGAAAGGCUGCGAUUGAAGAAUCCAUCAAAGAAACAGAAGAUAAUCCGAUGCACAUAAUGGACACUACUCUCGACUACAAUAGCAUGCAAGAUGAUAUGGAUACCAUGGUCAAAGCUUAUGCCUUAGGCAUGUACGAUGAUGAUAUAAUGACCGAAGGACCAGUUGUCGAACAAUUAGGCGAUUUUGAGACGUUGAAUAAAAUUAUCGAAUCAAUGCCCAAUCGAGAAGUCUCAACUGCGAAAUCGGUCGAAUCUACCAAUGACAAUGCCGAAGAAACCUUCGAUCCGUACUUGGACCAGGUUGGUGGUGAAUAUCAAGAUGACGACGACGAUGAUGAUGACGCACCUGUAUUAGGAGAUAUCAUGGAAAAUGAUAUUGUACCUCCACCGGAUAUCGAGCAAACAAUUUUGGAUCAGGAAGUCACGUCUAACUACCACCGGUUGAGACAGAAAUUGUUUUUCACUAACAACACAUACCAGCAAGACAAUAACGAAUUUGAGCCAAUCGACGAACACGGAAACAACCUCAGAAUUAGCAAAUUCAAGGCUUCCAAACAUACACUGAAACACCGCUAG